GGUGGGUGUGGUGAGAGGCCGGAAGUCGUGGUACCCGCAGGUCCUCCAUUAUUCCGAGGCUCCGCUGCUGUCGCGUCCUGAUCUCGAGUCAUCUCCCAGCGUCCCGGCGCCUUGGCGACGGUCGCACACGCUGGAGCCGCCUCGGGAGCUCCGGGUUAAGAAACUGAGACUCUGAGGUGAGGUGACUUGUGCAGCAUCUCACGGGACCAGCCAGGAUGCCCGUGGUUGGAGUACGAGGUCUCGUGGAUGAUGUCCUCCAAGCUCUGAAGAAGAAGUCGAGCAAGGAUUGAGGGGCCCGGAGAGGAGACUUUCUUGCAUGACGACCAUGACAAGAGAAAACUGGGCCCCCAGUGCUCUGAGACAAGAGGGUCUCGUUAAAGGGAAGGAUGACAUCUGGAAAUGGGGAACCAGCUUCCAAGGGAGCAACUCCUCCGUCUGGGAGACCUCCCACCUGCACUUUAGACGGUUACGGUACCACGAGACAUCUGGGCCCCAGGAGGCGCUGAGCCGCCUGCGGGAGCUCUGUCGCCGGUGGCUGAGGCCGGAAGCGCGCACCAAGGCCCAGAUCCUGGAGCUGCUGGUGCUGGAGCAGUUCCUGAGCAUCCUGCCAGGGGAGAUUCGGACCUGGGUGCAGAUCCACCGGCCCGGGAGUGGUGAGGAGGCCGUGGCCCUGGUGGAGGAGCUGCAGAGAGACCUCGAGGGACCAGCCCUAAAAGUUCCAGUCCUCAUCCUGGACCAGGACCCUCCCCAGCGGGGCACCAGCAGUCCAGGAGCAGCACUUCCUCAGGCGCCCACUGGGGGCCGCACAGCAGCCGGAAUUUGCCUAGAUCCUCCUCCUGACCCAGCCGUGGUCAGCCCCCAGGAUCCUCCGCAUGACGCGCCUGCCCCUGAAGCUUCUGCCCUUUUCCAGGAGGAGAACCCAAGAAACCAAUUAAUGGCACUCAUGCUCCUAACAGCCCAGCCCCAGGAGUUGGUGCUGUUUGAAGAGGUGUCUGUGUGCUUCACUGCGGAGGAGUGGGCGUGUCUGGGACCCAUCCAGAGGGCCUUGUACUGGGACGUGAUGCUGGAGAAUUAUGGAAGUGUGACCUCCCUGGAAUGGGAGACCAUGACUGAGGGUGACGAGGUGACAUCACAGCCAAGCGCGUCGCAGAGAGUAGACUCCCAGAAAGGAGCACCGAAAAGACUUCAGGGAGGCAUUCCCCAGGUCCUCGAGUGUGAGAAAGAGUGUGGAUGGCCACUGUCGGCAAGUCGGUGGGAAAAGGGGUCGAGGGAACGAGACACACCGAAGAAGGGCGUCCUCCGUGACCGGGACAAGAGGAAAAGGACUCCGCCGGGGAGGCGAGGCCGAAGGGGGAAGGACCUUGGAGAAGGCUUAACGUUAGGUUCAGCUCUCUCUGAAAGUCUAAUGGGUGCCGAAGGAAGGAAGUUUUAUAAAUGCGAUAUAUGUUGUAAACAUUUCAAUAAAAUCUCCCAUCUUAUAAACCACCGGAGAAUCCACACUGGCGAGAAACCUCAUAAGUGUAAGGAGUGUGGAAAAGGCUUUAUUCAGCGCUCAAGCCUGCUCAUGCACUUACGGAACCACUCUGGGGAGAAGCCUUACAAGUGUAACGAAUGUGGGAAAGCCUUCUCUCAAAGCGCUUACCUUCUAAACCAUCAGAGAAUCCACACCGGGGAGAAGCCUUACAAGUGCAAGGAGUGUGGGAAGGGCUUCUACAGGCACUCGGGCCUGAUCAUCCACCUGCGGCGCCACUCCGGGGAGAGACCUUACAAAUGCAACGAGUGUGGGAAAGUUUUCUCUCAGAAUGCUUACCUCGUCGACCACCAGAGGCUCCACAAAGGCGAAGAGCCUUAUAAGUGUAACAAGUGUCAGAAAGCUUUCGUCCUGAAGAAGAGCCUCAUUCUGCACCAGAGGAUCCACUCCGGGGAAAAACCCUACAAGUGUGAUGAAUGUGGGAAAACCUUCGCCCAGACCGCGUACCUCGUGGACCACCAGCGACUCCACAGUGCGGAGAACCCCUACAAGUGCAAGGAAUGUGGGAAGGUGUUCAUUCGGAGCAAGAGCCUCCUUUUGCACCAGAGAGUACACACAGAAAAGAAGACCUUCGGUUGUAAAAAAUGCGGGAAGGUUUUCAGCUCUAAGUCAAGCCUCAUUGACCACAAGAGGAUGCAUAGCAGAGAGAAGCCCUACAAGUGCACCGACUGCGGGAAAGCCUUCACCCAGAGCGCGUACCUCUUUGACCACCAGAGACUCCACAACGGGGAGAAGCCCUACGAGUGCAAUGAAUGUGGGAAAGUUUUCAUUCUUAAAAAGAGCCUCAUUUUGCAUCAGAGGUUCCACACUGGAGAGAACCUCUAUGAAUGUAAAGAUUGUGGCAAGGUCUUUGGUUCCAACAGAAACCUGAUUGACCACGAGAGACUCCACAACGGGGAGAAGCCCUAUGAAUGUCGCGAGUGUGGGAAAACCUUCAUUAUGAGCAAGAGUUUCAUGGUCCAUCAGAAACUCCAUACGCAGGAGAAAGCCUACAAAUGUGAGGACUGUGGGAAGGCUUUCAGUUACAAUUCCAGCCUGCUGGUGCAUCGGAGAAUCCACACCGGGGAGAAGCCCUUUGAGUGCCGUGAGUGUGGAAGAGCUUUCAGUUCCAACAGAAACCUCAUUGAGCAUAAGAGAAUCCACAGUGGCGAGAAGCCCUAUGAGUGUAACGAGUGUGGCAAAUGCUUCAUUCUGAAGAAAAGCCUCAUUGGACAUCAGAGGAUUCACACAAGGGAAAAAUCUUAUAAGUGCAGCGACUGUGGGAAAGUCUUCAGUUACCGCUCAAACCUUAUAGCCCAUCAGAGGAUCCACACUGGCGAGAAGCCCUACGCGUGUAAUGAGUGUGGGAAGGGCUUUACGUACAACAGAAAUCUUAUUGAACAUCAAAGAAUUCACAGUGGGGAGAAAACCUAUGAGUGUCAUAUAUGUAGAAAAGUCCUUACCUCUAGUAGAAAUCUUAUGGUACAUCAAAGAAUCCACACUGGAGAGAAACCUUAUAAAUGUAGUGAGUGUGGAAAAGACUUCAGUCAGAAUAAGAAUCUUGUGGUACACCAGAGAAUGCACACUGGGGAAAAGCCAUAUGAGUGUGAGAAGUGUAGUAAAUCUUUCACAUCUAAGAGGAAUUUAGUUGGCCACCAGAGAAUCCACACAGGGGAGAAACCAUAUGGGUGUAAUGAUUGUAGUAAAGUUUUUAGGCAAAGAAAAAACCUUACUGUGCAUCAGAAAAUUCAUACAGUUGAAAAACUCUGUGAAUGUGAUGAGUCUGAAAAAGAAUUCAAUCAGACUUCAAACCUUCAUCUUCAACAAAAAGUCCAUACCGUGGAAGAAUUCUCUUGGCCUCACAAUGCCAAUGAGCUGAGCCCAAGACCUCUGCUGGGCCGCCCCCAGCGCCAGGAGUUCUCCCGCCGCCGAGCAGAGAAGGUGACUGCCGAUCUGAGAGAGGCCAUGGCCCUGGCCCCCUGGGGCCCAGUGACGGUGAAAAAGGAGGAGGAAGAGGAGGAAGACUUCCUAGGCCAGGCAUCCGGCCCACAGAUGCUCUCUGAGAACAUGCAAGUCUGGCCCCCCGGAGAGGACCCUCGGAGAGGCCUUGCUGCGGCAGAGCAGGAGGAAGAGGGUCAGAACAUGUUCUGGGACAUGGCGGUAGUCCUGAAGGCAACGCCGGAGGCGCCUGCUGCCGCAGCCCCCGGCAGCCACUCGUUACUAGGGCAUCUGGCCAGGAGCGAGGUACUGGAGACCCAUGGGAACGUGGCCUCUCUGGGAGCUGAGACCAAGCACCCACAGUUACUGGUUCCAAAAACUGAAAUAUGUGACGAAGCAGAAAAACCCUUCCUGAUACCAGGAAGACUCCAGAAAGCUGCCUCUCAGGGACCGGAGUUAGAAGGAAGGUGUGAGAGAGGGACCACGUUAAAGAGGCAGAGGAUAAAGAGGGAGAAGAAAGACGUCAGACACGUGGCCGUGAAGGACUGUCACGUUCCCGAAAGCUUCAAAGAGGAGGAAGAGCAGGAACGUCAGAAACCCGAGGAGAGAUGCCGCCUCGGUUCUGGCCCCGUUCGGAACCAGAGAAGCCAGCCGGGGCAGAAACCCUUCACCUGCAGCAUGUGUGGGAAGGGCUUUAGCCAGAGCGCCAACCUGGUGGUGCACCAACGCAUCCACACUGGGGAGAAGCCCUUCGAGUGUCACGAGUGUGGGAAGGCCUUCAUUCAGAGCGCCAACCUCGUCGUGCACCAGCGAAUCCACACCGGGCAGAAGCCCUACGUGUGCGCCAAGUGUGGGAAAGCCUUCACGCAGAGUUCCAACCUGACGGUGCACCAGAAGAUCCACUCCUUGGAGAAGACCUUCAAGUGCAGCGAGUGUGAGAAAGCCUUCAGUUACAGCUCCCAGCUCGCCCGGCACCAGAAGGUCCACAUCACGGAAAAGUGCUAUGAAUGUAACGAGUGUGGGAAGACAUUUACUCGGAGCUCCAACCUCAUCGUCCACCAGAGGAUCCACACCGGGGAGAAGCCCUUCGCCUGCGGCGACUGCGGCAAAGCCUUCACCCAGAGCGCCAAUCUUAUUGUGCACCAGCGAAGCCAUACCGGUGAGAAGCCAUAUGAGUGUAAAGAGUGUGGGAAGGCCUUCAGUUGUUUCUCACACCUGAUCGUGCACCAGAGAAUCCACACUGCGGAGAAGCCGUACGACUGCAGCGAGUGUGGAAAAGCCUUCAGCCAGCUCUCUUGCCUUAUCGUGCACCAGAGGAUUCACAGUGGAGACCUUCCCUACGUGUGUAAUGAGUGUGGGAAGGCCUUCACCUGCAGCUCGUACCUGCUCAUUCAUCAGAGGAUCCAUAAUGGGGAGAAGCCGUACACGUGCAGCGAGUGUGGCAAGGCCUUCCGGCAGAGGUCGAGCCUCACCGUGCACCAGCGGACGCACACCGGGGAGAAGCCCUACGAGUGUGAGAAGUGUGGCUCAGCCUUCAUCUCCAACUCGCACCUCAUGCGGCACCACAGGACCCACCUGGCCGAGUGAUGGGUCAGGGGUGCAGACACCUCUGCGGUCUCCUUCCUCCCGUGUGCCAGUGAGGCCUGCUCUGUCCUUGAACAUGAUAUCUGUCGGGAGUGCAGCACAGAACACGAGCAUUUCAGAGGCAGAUGUUCGGAAAAUGGAAACAAAGCUCCCACAGGCAAGGCCUUUGCUUUUAACUGUCCCUUCGGCGGUCAUGUCGCCUGCAAGAGAAUGUGGCUUUUCUCAGAAGUGGGUCCUGUGAAGCUAGGUGAUAAAGGUCCCAUUUAGGGAAAGGUAA